AUGCUAAAAGAAACAUCAAUUUUGAUUCUACUUACAUUGGUAAUUGCUUUCGAGAAUGUUCUAGCAACCGGAAAAGAACCGAUUCUCGAGAUAUACAUGCAUGACAUUCUUGGAGGCAGUAACCCAACAGCAAGGCCAAUAACCGGCUUGCUCGGAAACAUAUACAGUGGCCAAGUUCCGUUUGCAAAACCGUUAGGGUUCCUUCCUCCACAAGGUGGAGUAGCCAUUCCAAACUCUAACGGUGCCAUUCCGACGGUUAACGGCUUAAAUGGUAUCCCACUAGGUACUGGUUUAGGUGGUGCUUCUUUUGCAUCAAAUUCCGGCAAUCCUCAAGUCCUAAUUGGACCUGACGGAUUAGGGCUCGGAUUCGGAACGAUUACAGUCAUCGACGACAUGCUAACCACUAGUCCUGAACUAGGUUCACAAUUUAUUGGCAAAGCUCAAGGUGUCUAUGUUGCGAGUUCAGCAGACGGGACUACUCAGAUGAUGGCAUUUACUGCUAUGUUCGAAGGAGGUGAAUAUGGUGAUAGCCUCAACUUCUACGGCGUGUACAGGACUGCAGGCACCUAUUCGCGCCUGUCCGUGACUGGCGGGACCGGUAAAUACAAGAAUGCUAACGGCUUUGCUGAAAUGCGAUCACUAAUACCUCCCGGUCAACGUUUUAUAAAUGGUGCUGUGACAUUGUUGAGGAUGAGUGUCUAUCUAAACCAUUAAGAUUCUGUAGAGGUCGAAGAACAGAUUCAAUGUGGUUAUGGAAUUAUAGCAUCCAAGGAAUUGUAUUUUUUUUUCUGUUAUAUAUUCUUAUUUGUCUUUGGUUUGUAUCUGUUGUAAGAAUUUUUGCAAUUAAUUAAUAUUGAAGUUCACACA